GUAAGUUGUGCAGAGACAUGGUUCUAAUUUGGAGUUCAAAGGAACACCAGCUCUGAAAAGGUGACUAUGGGGCCAGGAUGUUUCUGGCAGGCUCAGAAGUGCUGGCUGCUCUUCCCCAGCCUCCCCACUGCUCCCUCCUCUGUUCCCCAUGUGGAGGUGAGGGGUGCUGGGACUGGGGAGAGGGCAGCCACCUCCAUCCAAGGCUCUUCCUAGGGGCCUUGCUAUUGUGGACAGCAGACUUUAUCCCUCCUUCUUACUCUGGGCCAAGACCUCCCACUCUGCUCUCUGAGGAUGGUACCAAGAAUGGGCCUUUGGGACUUCUCAGGACAUUGACAAUGUGCACACUGCAAGUUGACUUAAUUUAUUUAUUUUGUGAAAAGAAGAGACAGAAAAUACCUUAUUAUCUGCAGGGACUCAACGCUGUACCCGAAUCAAGAAAGAAAAUAACAAUAGAAACCAUUCACACACUCUGUUCAUGCACGGACACCAGAAGACGAUUCAGAACACCAGAGGAGAAUAAGCCGGAGUGCCAGCACCACGAUGGCCCUGGCACGUUGUUUAAGAUCUGAGAUCCCUUGGUUUCUCUCAUGUUUAUCUGAGAUGCCACAUCAGGGCCCUUGCUGCUAUAUUACCUCUGCCCGGGUGUUUGAGACCGGUCACAAGUGCGUGGGUGUUUCCUGGAAAUGUAUUCCCCUGGGACUCAGCGAUGCUCUGGGAACCGUUGGGGUUUGGGGAAGGACAAUGUGGUGUGACUAUUGGCCUGACACGUUGUGGAUGUGGUUGGAGUCAUCCACGUGGACACGAUUUUCAGCUUGGAGCUGGGAUGGAGAAGAUGGAAGCGCUGGGGGCCGGGCCUCCUUUUCCAGCAAGGCUGGCCCUGAUUUCUCCUCUGUUCCAGCUUGUCUGCCAGAAGCCUUCCCCUGCAAACUGCCCACCUGCCCGGAGACAGAGGGAGCAGCUGAGGCCUCUCUCCACUGGCCGCCAGCCUCCCCAGCACAAGAGGACUAUUCAGCUAUGAGUGUUUACUCAUGUUCUUUCUUAUUGAUGAGUUCUGCGGCCCAGCCUAUAGAAAUGGCUCAGAACAUUCCAGGCCUUGGUGAGACAGAGCAGCAUCCAGCACUCACAGGCUGUCCCCGCUCUACCUGUUCCCAUCUUCCCCUUGGGGCCUGUUCAUAAAUUGAGGAACGGAUAAGGGCCCUGGAGGGUCCUUGGGAGUAAUUAGUGGAGGGCAGGAUUCCCAGGUCCCCGUAGAGAGGGAAGGAGAAGCCCACGUGUGCACAGAAGCCCGUCUCUGUCACACACACACCGCAGGUGGUCACCGAUUUAUUUUCCAAAAGCUUAGAAAUAUAAAGCAAAUUUAGGCUUUUGUCCCUCUGCGAUACAUGCACUUGAAAAUAAACAGAAAAGAGAUGUUUAA